AUGCGUCGCAUCCAGCCCCGAGGUUUCUUCGCUGAUGGUUCAUCGCCGCGAUCGCGCGUCAUUGCGCGUUCAUUCGCGUCGCAUUCGAGCCGUCCCGCCGCCGGCGCGCCGAGGCUCGCCGCGUCCUUCGCCCUCGGCGCCGCCCUCGGUGCGACCGCGGCGUACGCCUACGCUCGCCGCACACUCAGCGAGGCCAAUCGAAUCGCGUCUGGGGACGAUGCGAGCGCGUCCGAGCGCGCAGAGAACACGGAGACCGUCGAGCACGAGGCGAUGAGGCACGGUUGGCCGUUGGACACUUCGAGCGUGAUUCAUCAGAAGUCCUCCUACGUCCACGCCUUUGACGGACGAACGAGGAAUCCGCGAUGGGUGAUGGAAGUGAUAACGCGCGAGACGGUUGGCGGGAGCGGGAGUCGGAAGCGGAGCGAUUUUGCCGAGGAUGAGGCGGUUUCAUGGAAGCACCGGAGUCGUUUGGCGGACUAUCGCGGGAGCGGAUAUGACAGAGGACAUCUCGUCGCGGCGGCGGAUCAAAAGGGGAGUCAGGAGGACAUGGACGCAACUUUCGCGCUAUCGAACGUGUCGCCGCAGGUCGGGGAAGGUUUCAACAGAGAUUACUGGGCCAAGUUGGAACAGUUCGUGAGGGAUGAGGCGUGCGCCGAUGGAACGAAGGCGGCGUACGUCGCGACGGGACCGUUAUUUUUAGCAUCGAGAAGCGAAUCAGCAGACGCUGAAUCGUUCGAUGCGUCAGCUCGCGCUGUCGAUCACGCGAAUGUCGGCGCACCGCGACCGACGGUGUGGGAGAUGCGUCAUCCGAUGCUGGGAGAGCCACCGGCUCUGAUGGCUGUGCCGACGCACUUCUUCAAAGUUGUGUUCGUCGAGGGUGAGGAUUCGCGCGUCUCCUGCGCCGCGUUCGUGCUACCAAACUCGUCGAUACCGAAGAACGUUCCUCUGCGUAGGUUUGUCGUGCCACUUACGGAUUUAGAGAUCGUCAGCGGUUUGGAAUUCUUUCGAAGGGGACUCGCGGGAGAGGACAGAAGGCGAUACGAACGAGCAGAGCAAACGUUUUUGACAACAACGGCGAAGCAGCUACCCGGAUCCGGAAAACUUCCGAGCUUACCGCCUUCUAAAAGCGGCGUUAGCGCUCCGUUUAAUCCGUUGGGUGAUCAGAGCGAGUUGGUAAAGGAAAGUGGAAAAAAAUGGAACGAUGUUAGGCACUUGUGCGACAUCACAGCGUGCGAACUCAAGCCGAGCAAAUGGGACAAAAAGUAG